AUGGCCGACGACAGUGUUCCUCAACCGUUUCCGAACCUUCAGGUGCCCCAGUGGCACUACCAGAUCGCCAAUGUCGAACGACUGAGGGACGAGGCAAGCUCGUCCCUGUGGAAGGCGAUUGAGAAGGAUGAAAUGGCGCCUUAUGUGCGGACCAACAACCUCAAGCCACCCAGUGACGACCUGCUUCCAACGCUUGAGAAGCGCAACGCCGAGGAGCUUGAGUCGCUCGAUACAAAGCUUAAGGAUGCAGAGGAGAACCUUGGCGAGAGCGAGAUCUCAGAACUGUUGCGGUCUAAGGCCAUGUACCUUUGCCGGAUCGGCAACAAGGAAGCCGCCAUUCCUGCUCUCGAGACUGCGCUGGAGAAAACGACCGGUCUCGGAGCCCGCAUCGACUUGGUUCUCGCCAUGGUCCGAAUGGGGUUAUUCAGCGCCGACACGCAGCUCGUGAUCAGCAACAUUGCACGUGCGGCAGACCUCAUUGACUCUGGUGGUGACUGGGACCGCCGCAACCGCCUCAAGGUCUACCGCGCGCUCCACUGCAUGUCCAUCCGGGACUUCAAGGAGGCCGCUGAGCUGCUCAUCGACUCGCUGUCGACGUUUACUGCAACUGAGCUCAUGGAGUACGAGGAGUUUGUUGCCCUCACCGUUCUCGCUGCGGCCGUGGGGUGCGACCGCAAGACCCUCAAGGCGAAGAUCCUCUCCAGCUCGGAAGUGACCGGCUGCAUCUCUUCGGUCACUGAAUUACACGCCAUGGUCGAGGCGCUCUACAAGUCGAGCUACGCCGCGUUCUUCGUCGCCCUCGCCGAGGUCGAGCAGCGUUACCUUGUCACCAACCCCAUCCUUGCGCCUCAUGCUCGCUACUACAUCCGCGAGAUGCGGAUCAAGGCGUAUCAGCAGCUCCUGGAGAGCUACCGCAGCUUGACAUUGGAGCGUAUGAGCCGCUCGUUUGGGGUCAGCGAGGCGUUCAUUGACCGUGACCUCUCGCGCUUCAUCGCCAACGGACGCAUCGCGUGCACCAUUGACAAGGUUAGCGGUGUAAUCACAACCGACAAGCUGUCGUCGCAGAACAAGACUGCGCUGUACGAGCAGUUCCUCAAGCAGGGAGACCUUCUGCUGAGUGACAUGCACAAGCUCCACCGCGUUGUCGGCUAG